AUGCCCAUUAAUGCUAGCAUUCGAGAUGAAAAUGGAAAUGAUGCUUAUCUACUAAUAUAUACUUUGUGCCAGGAAAAAUAUGCUACUUCCAGCGCACCUAAUAGAAAAGCUCAAAAGACCUAUUUCCUCGAUCUAGUAACAGAAAACAAUGAACUCAAUAAAUGUGAAAAGAAUUAUUGCCAAGAAAUAUUCAUUCGUAAUUUUGAAUUGCAUAAUGUAGUUCAUAAAUUCGGUGAGCCUAUGGCAUGUAAAAAUUGUAAAUCUAUAAGAUAUUCUGUCAGAUAUUGUGAGUUAAUACUUGAAAUAUGUAAUAGAUUGAGACUACUGCUUUCACAAAAUAUCUCUACAAGCUUUGCGAAAAUAAUGCAGGAAUGCUGGAGUACUGAUUCACGUAAAAGGCCAACUAUUGAAGAACUUUUCGAAUUUGCUAAUGAUAAAUUU